CGAUUGGGUCAUCUCAUUUUUUUUUCUUCUUCUUCGUUGACAGAUUUAAUUUAGGGUUCAUUUGAAUUCUCCUUCUUUCCCAGCUCAACUCAGCUCAGGUGAAAUUGAAAGAUCUGAUUCAAAUCCAGCUAUUCUGGGGUCUUUUGGGUUUUGUCGGAUCCCAAUUCUCAGGUGAAAAGUCCUCAACUUUUCCUCCAUCUUACUGUUAUUUCUGAGCUUUAGAAUCGUGGGGAUUUUUUUGAUUUAGGAGCGCUCUGCUUUAUCUUGAUUCGGUUCUGAGCUUAUUAGUUAGAUAAUCAGUAGACAGAGAAUCCAUCCAGCUGCUAAAAGAUUUGAACUUUAGCUGAUUUUUAAGGAUAAUUGGCUUCGGGAUUGGUGGGGAGGUUUUGAUAGAUAGAUAAGAUAGAUAAGUAGGUGGAGAUGGAUAGGCCUCGUCAGAAUGAUCAUUUGGGUGUGAACAAGACUGGGAAGAAUAUCAGAAAGAGUCCUCUGCAUCAGCCCAACUUCCCUGCCGCCAAUGCGAGUGCGAAUGCGAAUGCAGCCGCUGUUCCGAGGCCUCAAGGGCAGCCUCAGGUUUAUAACAUUAGCAAGAACGACUUCAGAAGUAUUGUUCAGCAGCUUACUGGCUCUCCAUCACGUGAAAGCCUUCCUCGCCCUCCUCCGAACAGCAGCUCACCGAAGCCUCAGAGUACGCGGUUGCAGAGGAUUAGACCACCGCCCUUGACGCAGAUCAGCCCGCCUGCGGUUCCUCCCCCUACCAUGGCUCCUAUACAACAUCGUCCUCACGGUGGCUUCGUUAGACCGCCUCCUCCACAGACGCAUUUUCCUCAAGGCACACAACAACAACAACAACAGCCGAUGAUGGGUCAAGGGGACCAGUUUUGGUCUAAUACAGCUGAGUCUCCCAUCUCAGGGUAUAUGCGUUACCUUCAAAGUUCACUUGGAGAUGCAGGUCCUAAUGGUAACCAAAUGCAGCCAGGUCCUGAACAUCGCCCAUAUAUGCCGGCUCAGUCUCAACCUCAGCCUUAUAUGCCAGCUCAGUCUCAACGUCAUCAGCCGUAUAUGGCAGCUCAGUCUCAACCUCAGCCUUAUAUGCCAGCUCAGGCUCAGAGUCAACCACAAGCACAACCACAGCCACAUAUGAUGCCUGGAUCACAACCUCAUAUGAAUAUGCAGGGACCACUACCACCACCCGGAUUAGUUCCAAGCCCAGUGCCUCGUAAUUUUCCUUCCCAGCCUCAGUUCAACGGUCCUGUACCUGUCACGCCCACUCUGCCCUCUCCGAGGUUUAAUCAGAUGUAUGGUGGGUUUCCUUCUCCUCGGUAUAACGGUUUCGGACCACUAAACUCACCUACAUCCCAGUUUGCUCCACAAUCUCCUACUGGUUACCCGAACAUGUUCGGUCCUAGAUCACCAUAUCCGUUGCUAUCACCAGGAGGUCAGUAUCCACAACCACUCACGCCAAACUUCUCGUUUUCACAACUAGCCCAAUCAGGAAAUCACGGACCCGGUGCAGCAGGUUCGGGUCUUCCUCAGCCACCUCCAUCUCCAGGACUUAUGUUCCCGUUGUCUCCAGGGUUCUUCCAAAACCCAAGUCCAAGAUGGGGUAAUUACUAGGUGCUCUGUAUCCGCAAAUCUCAUCAUGUUCAUUUUUUUCAAGUCUCUCCGUAGGUGUUAGUCUGUACUAAGAAAGAAGCUUUUAAUCUUCAGAGCCUGCAGUAGAAUAGAUGCCGCAGCAUAGCUGUGUAAAUGGCACAAAAAAAUGCUUUUGUAUACAUUCUUUUACUCUGUUUUGGGUUCUUCUAGGUAAAAAUGUAAAAGCUUUAAAUGUGGGAAUCUUGGGAUGACGAUGAUGAUGAUUACUUUUGUUUUGUUUGUCACAAAAUCUGUUGUCUUUUGUGUAAUAUUGUACACAGGCUUUAUAUACAAAACUCUGUCAAUUUAUAUGA